AUGCUAGCUCUCUAUGAACGCAAGCGUCCACAACGCCUGGCUAAAAUGACAGUGCCAAGUUCGGUUGGUCUUUUCCAGCUAGUAGAAAUGGCUAAAUCAGCCCACAAUGCGGAAUCCACAUACAACUGUUUAGAUGAUAUAAAUGGGGGCCUUUUCGGUGAUGGAGAUGCAAGAGGUGGCCCAAUUAUCAUUGGUCAUGUUUACAUUCACCCAACAGCAACCGUCGAUAAAAAUGCUGUGGUUAGUUUAUCAGUUUAA